UUCAACUGAAAUCUAUAUUAGGUAUCAUAGCCAAUAUUUAAUUUAGACAUAAGAAAAAGAAAUAGAAGCCUACACGUUUAUAAAUAAAGGUACAAUUACGAAGUCCUGAGAAAACCAAGAUAAAAAGAAAAGAAAAAUAUGCAUGUAGACAUCACUCCUCCAUAACCUUACACAGUGCUCUCCUACCAAAUAAAUACCCCACCAUCGCACCAUCCACCUUUCUUCUCUUUUUAUCUUUCCUAUACCCACAGUAGACAAAUCAUACAUAUCUCUCUCUCUCUCUCUCAAAAUGUCCAUCUUCUUCUGGAAGAACCUGCUCAAAUGCUUGCCCACCACAACUGCAUCUUCAAACGCAUUAAACUCCGAACAAGAACAUACCCAUCUAUUACCACCACCAACUGUCUCCACCACCACCACCAUUGCCACCGAUUCUAGUACUGCAUCAAUUAUGAUAAAGAACGUCAACUCCCUCUAUGACCUUUCCUCAGCUUCCACCUCCAAAUCUCUCAGUACUCCUUCCACCUAUUCAUUCUCUUCCUCUUCCUCUGGCUCUGACGUCGACUCGCCCCCUGACUUUGCUGCUAUCUUUGCUUCCCAGCGGUUCUUCUUCUCCUCUCCUGGCCGCUCCAACUCCAUCAUAGAAUCACCAGAAACACCAUCAGCUGAGCCUCAAACACCACUGAACGGAGGUGUCGCAGUUAAAAAGUACUCACCCGAUCCUUACGCUGAUUUUAGGCAAUCAAUGCUAGAAAUGAUUGAAGCAAGAAAGCCAAGAGACGUGAAGGCUGAUUGGGACUACUUGCAUGAGUUGCUCUCUUGUUAUCUUAACUUGAACCCUAAACAGACUCACAAAUUUAUAAUUAGUGCUUUUGCUGAUAUAGUCAUUUGCUUACUAACCUCAUCUUCUUCGGAAUCCGACACCCUCCAGAAGCCUGAAGGACGCCGGCGGCAGCAUAAUGUUUCAAGUUGGUCGGUGCAGUAAUUGAUUAGUAACAUUUCUUUUUUGGUUAAGAAAUGUUAGAGAUAGUUUUUUGUUUUGUUCCUUGUUUAAUGGAGUUAAUUUUGUCUUUGGUGAAAAGGGAUGUUUCUCAUGGAAGAAGACAAAGGGUAAAAUAUGUAAUUUGUUAAUUUGGAAACCAAGGAAAGCGUGGGAUGUGUUAAUGUCUCGAUGCAUGUUAUGAAUAUAUUUUUACUUUAAAUUGAGAAAUUUGUUCUUUUGUUGAUAAGAGACCAACAUGACAAAUAAUGCAUGUGUGUGUUCUCUUGUUUUAAAUGUUUCUUAUCUCGGACCUUAA